UUCCUCCUUUCUUGAAAAGAAAACACCGAGUGGGUCCCAGAAUUCACCAGGUCUACGGUCAAAGAUACAGCAAUCCUCGAAAGCCAAAGCGCACGCUCGCUCCUGUUAUAAUAGUUCAUCUAAAAUGAAAGGGAAACCCGCAGUUACUUCCCUGAUGUCUUCUCUCCUUAAAAAAGCGAGCUGAGCGACAACACACGGAAUCGAUUCAAUCUAAAUCUAAAUGAAACGAUCAUCGUCAAAAAGCCAGAUGAUCGAAGCAAUGGACGGCUUUGAUCGGCUGCCGGACUCCUUAAUCCUCCUCAUCUUCAACUCUAUCUCCGACAUCAAGGCACUAAUCCGUUGCCGUUCCGUUUCGAAACGUUUCAACUCACUGGUCCCCCAAACCGAAUCCCUCUCUCUCAAAGUCGACUGCGUCAUCUCACCUGAGUCGGAAUCCGACUCGCUCUUCACUCUCUUCAAAUCCCUCCUGAAAUCCAUCCACGAUCUCUUCAAACCCGACCCCAAACCCACGGCCCGAAACCAAACCCAGAACUCCCCGGCCCGAAUCCUCUCGCAGUUCGACCGGAUCCGUGACCUCCAAAUCGAACUACCAGCUGGCGACUUGAAAUUAGAGAAAGGAGCCGUUAUCAAAUGGAGAGCUGAAUUCGGCAAGUCGUUAAGAAGCUGCGUUAUUCUAGGGUUUCGCCGCGUAGCAAAUCCCGAGGGAAAUAGUGCUGACGAGGAAAUUGAUUUUACGGGAGGGUUGAAAACAAGAGUUGUGUGGGCAAUAAGUGCGUUGAUUGCAGCAUCGGCGAGGCAUUAUCUGUUAAACGACGUCGUCAAGGAGCAUAGGGAGAUGGAGAGAUUGGUGUUGGUGGACAGAGAAGGGGAAGGGACGGUGGCGAUGGAGAAGGAAGGGUUGAGGGAGUGUAGGGAGGAGGCGCGUGGAGGAGAGUGGGAGGAGGACGGGGGGAGGACGGUAGUGCCGUGUGUGAGGAUGAGGAUGAGGCACGAGCAAAGAGUGCAGUUGAAGGAUGGAGUUUGGAUGGAAGGUGUGACGUUGGUGGUGGUCAGGCCUUGUAGCGGCGGAGGGGAUGUCGAGGAUGCUGAGUUGGCAUUAGGUGCGUUUGGUGGUGGGAUUUACGGAGAAGCUGUCCAGGAUGGAUGUCCCUUCCCUCGGCCUUAAAACCAAAGAGCAAGGUAGGUGUGUAUCGGAAGGGAUGGAUGGUAGACUGACAGCAGCCAGCCAACGUUGACGGGACACGAUAGUGAAAACAACAUUCUGACAUCAUCUCCCCAUGCCAACAGCAUUGAUGUGUAAAGAGUUGCUGCAAGAAACCCGCAAACUCAUGGACCGAGUUAAAUAAAUACUGUACUUUCUUCACAAAAGUCAUUUGAUUUUACUAGCAGAAUUUGCUGGGGAAUUGAAUGCACGUACACUUGCUGCACCAUUCAUUCGGGCACACAAGUCAUUCGGCAUCCACUCCGCCGCAUAUCGUAACCAUCAUUUCAGGCACGAGUAAACUUUCUUGAAGAAACAUAUUUGUAAAAAUUCUAAUGACUUGAAUUCCAAGAAAAAAAUAAUAUAUCUUUUUAUAUAAUCAAAAACUCUUUCCUUA